AUGUUGCAGAACUUUCGGGUGUACCAGGAAAUCCUGACUGAUGACAACUUCUGGGUGAUUCGCGCCGAUAACGAAGGCCGAGAAUCUUGUCUUCCCCCCGAAUUAUGGCGCUACAUGUUCAAAACGGCAGGAGUAACAAUUCCGGCCAACGUCGACGCGACGGGAUUUCUCUUCGAUUGCGCCAAAAUCUAUCUUUCCGGAAAAGGAUACGGAAAACACUCGGUCCUGAAUCUGCGGGAAGACUCGACGAUGGAACAGCUCGAAAUGGAGAGCGACGUCAAGUUUCGAGGAGGCCUUUGGUUGGUUUCUUUUUUGGGAUCAGUAAGCAAAUAUUGGGGAAAUUUUUUUAUGGUUUGAUCUUGUGUGGUCUCAUAGCUGAUUAGAAUGGGACAUCUUGGAUUUUUUUUUUUUCAUAUUUUUUUGUGAUACUUCUCUGAAAAGCAUUCAAGACUUUUGCCGUUUCUGAGCCCAUAAAAAAUCAUAGCCAAUUCACGGCUAACUUUGGAGACAAAGGGGCGUGGCCUGUCUGCCCUCUCCACCAACCAGGCACUGUCUUUUUUCUUAUCGUGCCAGGACCCUUUUUUCGAUGGCUCAAGCCAACCGUGAAUCAGCUAUAUUUUCUGUAUAUUCCAACCGAUUUCAUUCACCUGUAGUUCAGAAAAACUUCAUAAAAGAAAAAAAGAAAGAAGUUUUCUAUUCUCCAAUAAAGACGACUCGAAACCGUCUGACCUGUCUAGAAUCUCUCGUUGUCUCGCGUUGUUUUCACGUUUCUCCCCCUCGGUGGUGAGGGAGAAGAUUAUAUAGUGUAUAUUAUUUAAAUCAAUAGAAAAAGCUGUUAAAUUAAGGUUGAAAAAAGGCUUUUUUAAGUUCUAACGGACCAUUUUCCAGAAAAAUUCAAAAAAUUCUGUUUUUUUGUUGUUCAUAGCGAUUGAGUUCCAACGAUCCGUUCUGGGAAAAUUUUUUUGUAGUUUGGUAGUAGCACUUAGACCUCUAAAGUGGCCACUAACCCUUUACCCCUUAAGUGGCCACUAAUUUGACUGCUUUAAUGGUCACUAAAAAUUUUCCCAGCAUGUUGGGAAAGUCGGUCGCUUUUUUAUGGUGCCUAUUUUUUCAAUUUUUCAAUUUUUAAACAUUUUUUUUAGGCUUUUUCAAGGUUUUAGCGGUUUUUAAAGUACCUAUUUCUUCAUAUUUUUGAAGUCAUUUUUUUGAAAAUUCUGACUAUUAAUUUUUACAAAAAUCCCCUUUUUUUAUUAAAUUCCACCCAAAAAAAUAAAACACUAUUUCGCGCUUAAUAUAUUUUUAUUAAAGGUCAAUUUUAAAAUCUUGGCUUGAAAUUCAUUGAAAAAAUCACAAAAUCCCCUAUUUUGGGCCGCCAAUAAUUGCUUCCUAAGCCUAAGCCUCAAAACCCUAUAGUGGCCUCUAAAAAUUUUCCCAGUAAUAGUUCAAUUUUUCAAGUUUUUUGCUGUUUCUUGUAUUCAAAUUAGAGCCGAUAAAGAUUUUUCGCAUUCAGUUUGGCGAUUGAAAGUCCACCGCAAGGCUGUCUCGAACAGCAUCCGGAGGUUCAGACUUGCUUCGCCACAACUUUUCGUUUGUCCCACUACAAAGUCUGCAUCGACCUAACCAAAUGGGGCAUCGAGGUCCUUUUUUCGUCCUUUCUAACGGAAAUAUUAAAUUCACAGGAGUGGGUACUGGACUAUGUGAGGCCGACGAUAAGGAUCACAGAAUUGGUGGCUCCUCGGACGGACUGCGCCUCCCGUUUCGAUCUCUACGCGAGACUUGCGGCAGACGCAAAUAAGUCUAGUCGGGACUACCUCGACCCGAAAUAUCACUCUUUUUGCAAGUUGGAGACCCGAGAAUGGCCGGCGGAUAGUGGUCAGUUUACUACUGAAGUGGUCCCUUGAAAAAUUUCCAUCCUUCUCUGGUCAAUUUUGCUAGUCAUUCCAAAUUUUAAAAAACCCAAAAAAUUUUCUUCACAGUAAGCUUUUUUUCAUCCAAAAGUUCUUCAGGUUUGAAGGAAAUCAUGAAGUGAACAUGGUGUAUAAAAACCUCUCUUAUUGAUUUUCAGAGCUUGGCGAGUCAAGAUUUAAGAGUGUUUAUGGUCCAAUAUAACAUGAUUUAAGAGUAUUUUGACAGUCUCGAAAGCUUCUUUAACAUUCUAAAUGGUUUUUCGGUUCAGAACGAGAAUCAGAAAAUUUUUUUGAAAAGAGAUGAUUUUGCUGAAGGUACUGUUACAUUAUGAAUUAAAAAAAAAAUAACUUCUUGUCAUUUUGCUUAAGUGGCCACUUAGAAUUUGCUCAUCUGAAUACCUUUUUCAGGCUGUGGAUGGAAUGAGGUCACAGUGAAGAUCUCCGAAUACCCUAUCGGCAUGCGUUUCCUGAACAUUACUUCUGGAGGAAAAGACACUCAGUUCUGGGAUGGUCAUUACGGUCCGAAAAUGGCGCGGCUCCAAGUUGAAAUCGUCCUGCCGAAUUUGCCCCGGAUUCUGCCUCGUGAAACCUGGGCCGACACCAAGGAACCUCACAAGCUCGUCAAUGAACCAUUCGAUUGA